CCAUCUUCCCUCGUCAGAUCUAUAUACAAACCUAUUCAUCAUCAUCCCCCUCUCCAUCCUUACUCUCACUCAGGUCUCCCGGCCACAGCUCUUCUGCUGAGAGCACACAGUGGGCUCACACCCUGGGCAAACCGUUAAGGAAACAAUCCCAUCCCCGCAAAAAGGACGAUCGAGCAUACGGGUCCAACGCAAUGUCCGACGCUUUACCCGAGGACACUUGGGUCAAUGCAUUCCUCUCUGCUUCUCCUCGACCACUACAGGCUGCGCUUCAAAAGAGAUUGCAAGCCUCUCAAACGCAUGUCACGGCGCUACAGGAGCUAUUCAAACAACGUGCAGCCCUCGAGACACAAUACGCCGAUGGACUCGCCAAGUUGGCUAAAAACGCCGAACAGGGAUUGCUGAAUGGAAAAGGAGGUGUAGAAUGGGAGAAGAGCGGAGCAGAGACAAAGAUAUGGAACAGCGUGGUCUCAGAGCUCUCAGAGACAUCUUCCGCGCACUCGACUUUGGCUGCCCUCAUCCGGACAGAUUUUGAGCAGCCCAUUCGUGACAUUCCCAGUAAAUCAGUAGCCUGGCGACGGAUAGGCGAGCAAGACUCCUCGUUGGAAAAGACGCUCAAAGACUAUGAAAAGACGGCUGGCAAGUUGGACAAGGCUCAGUCGAAGAGCAAAGGGGGCAAAGCCGACUCGCUGCAGUCUGAGCUCAACCAGUUGACCUCCAAUCUUUCGUCCUUGAGCCCCAUGGUAUACACCACUUACCAACGACUGGACGAAGACCGCCUAAGAGCCUUGAAAGAGAUCAUUGUUCGAUGGGGAACGGUCAGAGCAGACGUCGCUCAGAGAGAUGCGGAACGCGCUGAGAGAGCCGUCGCAGUCAUGGUUUCUUGGGAGACGCCAGACGAGGUUCUCCGCGUGGGACGCCAAAUAGCUCAGAAAGCUGGUGGCUCACCCGGCGCUAUCGCCAAUACCGGAAGUGACAGAGGGGCGGACAGCGUGACUUCGACCCCUCGCACAAACAGGCGACUGUCCACUGCUACUGCACAGACCAAUGACUUUUCGCCUCGACCACAGCCGAGGCAGAACGGCAGCUCAUCGAACCUGCCCAACUCCGGCAGCUCUUUCGCAGGAGGUCUCAAGUCGAUGCUGUCUCGUCGGACCACGCUGGCGCCAAACAAUCGUGGCCGCAGCGACAGUGCAAGUACUACAGGGAGGGGUCCAGCCGGUCGAGAAGCUGGAACUUUUGCAACUAUUGGGGAAAGUGGAGCCUCGGAUCAGGCCUCCCAGCAAAGCGCGCCCCCAGUCGAUGAAGAGGGAUUCUCGGUUGCGCCGGCCGAUCGCCACCGCGGCCCUUGGGAGGAGCCUGAAGAUCUCCUGACCGAUGACCCCAUCGCCCCAACCUCCAGUGUCCCGCAGACUCGUGACCUUCUUUCUGAUGAUGACGGUCCCAGUACUGCGGGAUUCCAGAAUACUUUCACCUCGUCGCCUGCUGCCUCAAACGAGGACUUGGGAAGAUCCAAUACGAGCUCGUCUCAAGCGCAGUCCAAGCUCAAUUUGGCAUUGAGCUCAGCCCCGAUCCAGGAAGAUGAGGCGGAUCGACAGGCGGCCAUGGAGAAAAUGCAACAAACCCUGCAAAUGUCACCUCCUCUCCAGGCAACUCGUCGCCAAAAUACCGCUCGUGGUCGUCGAGAUGUAAGAAAUACCAUGUUCGCUGCCCCCGGUGAGGACGGCUCCCUGGGAUACGGCGCAUUAGCGUUGGGCGGUCCCAGUCGCGAAACGUCAUCGAGUCCUGCCAAUGCAAACGGCCUCACACACGGCUCAAGCAAGCCUGUCCAAUCCCUCAAUCGUCAAGCCUCGCAAUCUUCUGUGGCUUCAAAUAACCCUUUCGACUCACCCGGCCUGCUUGGGCCAGCCUCCACCAUCCUUCCCGGUACGACAGCGAAAUCGGGUCUGACUGGCUCUGUGAAUGAAACGCUCAACGUCGUCCUGCGGGAGGGAACAGUUAGACGUCUACAGAUCAAUGGGGAGAUUCAUCUGUCCCUGCGACCCGGAGAGUCGACGCAUCCCGCGCACGGUCCGAUCCACGUCCGAAUAGGCAAAUUCGAAGCUCUGGAGAAGAUCGCGCCGAACCCAACAUUCGUCGCGCAGGUGCCGGACAAGCCUGGAGAGUAUAUACUCAACUCUGAAGCUCUGGCGUCAAUCUCAGCUUCUGGACCGGCGAAGGGGCCAUUGGCAUUCAAGUAUCAAGUCUUUGUGGCUCCCGGGCAAGAAUCUGCGUACUUGCCCAUCACCCUGACCCCGGCAUUCCUCUGCAAAUCCGGUGAAACCAGAAUGAUUCUGCACUACAAGAGAAAUGCCGAGACCUUGUACCCAUCCUCCGAACUCAGCAAAGCAUCCAUUGUCGCUAUCUUUGGUGAGGGACCAAGCGUUUCCAACGUUCAAGCGAAGCCAGCUGGUGGACAGUGGUCAGCUGCGUCUCGUCAAAUGACCUGGGAUCUUGACUCGAUUGCCAGCGAAGGCAAGAUCAUCGCCAAAUUUGUGACCGGCCCAGGCGAGACGCUGACCCCAUUAGGGGUCCAGGCGACAUGGACAUUGAAGGGUGCAGUUAGCAGUGAUCUUGGAUUAGAAGUCGUCCCGGGAGACCUGGAGAGCGAUUGGACAUUCUCGAAUGUGCAGAGACAGAUGAGCAGUGGGAAGUAUCUUGCAGAACCAAUAGUGAAUCAAUGAGGUGAGAUGAGGUGAGGGAUCAUACAGAAUGAAUAUCUUGAGCGUCCGCCUAGCUCGAUGCCACGUGAGGAUUCAAUCGGUGAU